AAGGCAACGUUUUUGCACUGCCUAAUUUACAAUUAUAACAUUAAAUUCGAUAAAAACUAAAGUUUUCCAAUGUAGCAUUAAUCUUGAGGUAAAAUCAUGAUUAUAAUCGGUUUAGUUUUGGCCAAGUUUGUGCAUUUACAGUAGGCAUUUAGAAAAGUUUCGACGAUCCAAAUUUGACAUAUUGUUGGAAAAAACAAAUAGAAAAAGAAAAAUGCACAAGACGUGGAAAAAGCCACUGCACAAGCGGAAAGUUUGGGCAAAUGUUUCGUGGUCGGGUCGCUUGGUCCACUAUAUGCAACCUCUGGUGGAGCACCUGUUCGAUAUUUGGCUGCAGCAGUUACCAUUUCCGACGCUACUCAAAUGCGUUUAUACGUGCGGCCUGCUCUUCUUCAUACUGCUACCCAUUCUAUAUCCCGUUAUGGUCAUGGCAGUCUACUAUGCGAUGUUCCAGUACAUUGGGGAGAAGCAUUGGAAUGUAGUCUUCCCGACGAAGUGGGAUCUAAUUGGCAACGCAUCGCACUUGUGGCACUUCCAGGUCACCAACAAGAAGUAUAUACUCUUUGUCACCAUGCAGAUCGAUCGUUAUCGCAUCAUUAUAACGGCCAUAUCCUCUGCCGUUGACUAUAUGCGAAUGGCAUUAUCCGUUGUCUUCAACUAAAACGAUCUUUGGAUUUUAAAAUUAUAUAUUUCUCUUUUAAGUUUAUAAAAAAGCAAUGGUUGAUAAACCAACUUUAAAUAUUUUUAUAAAAUUGUUAACUGCUUGCAAACAUUCAUCCGAUAUAUAAAUAUGUGAUAUGUGCAACCUCGUUAUUGAAAGGAUACUUUGUCGAAACAUUUGUUUGAGGUGCAAAUUAAAUAUAUUGGCUCAGAUCUCAUCAGCAAAA